AAUUCAAAUAAAAUAGAGAUUAAAAUUUGUGGGGAUUGAUGAGAGGGACCGCGUGGACCAAUUCCUUCAUUUUCCUUAAUUACAGAUUAUUUCCCAACUCCUCUCGGUUGAAUCCAUCUUCGAUGUUUGGUGAGUUUUCAUCCAAUUUGUUUGACAAAAUGCUUGUUAGAUGAAAGACGAUUGUCGAUUGUUUCUCUCUCGAUCUUAUUGGCUAUCACUUCACGGUUUCAAAUCUGUCGAUUAAAGUUAUUCAUCUGCAGAUUUAUGGUUACUCUUAAGAGUGGUGAAGAUAAAGGAAAUCAAUGGAAGCGCUUCCUGUUGAAGUCAUAGGGAAUAUUCUUUCUCAUCUUGCUGCCGCUAAGGAUGUUAUGGUAGCUUCUGCUACUUGCAGAAAAUGGAGAGAAGCAACCAAAAAGCAUUUGCAUACCCUUAUAUUUGACAUGACAGACUGGCCCAUCUACGGUGAACUUACCACUAGCAGGUUGGAAAUUCUUAUUACUCAAACAAUUUUUCAGACAACUGGUUUGCAAAACCUACAUAUUUGCAUGAGUGAGGGCGGUGAAUUUUCUGCAGCCUCGGUGAUUGCCUGGCUCAUGUAUACAAGAGAUACCUUAAGGAGUCUAUUGUAUAUGAUGCAUACAAACCCCAAUGUAAACAUCUUUGAGAAAUGUGGCCGGCAAAAGUUGGAAGUUUUGGUUUCAGGCUAUACUUCAAUAAGUGGUGUGGAUCCAAGCUACCAACGAUUUCCAUGCUUGAAAUCUCUUACCCUUCACAGUGUGAAUAUUUCUGCAUUGGAUUUGAGCCUUAUGCUGACUGCAUGCCCUAAGCUUGAAUCUUUCUCACUUGUAAAUCCGGAGAUUGCCAUGUCAGAUUCUCAAGCUGUGAUGGAGUUGACCAGCCCAACUUUGAAACAGCUUUAUGUGAAAGAAAUAAGUCUGGACAAAUUUGUUCUGGAAGCUGAUAACUUAGAGAGUCUCCAUUUGAAAGACUCAACAGUUGAGCUUUUUGAGCUCAUAAGUAAAGGAAGCCUGAAACACAUUAGAAUGGAUGAUGUUAGUAUAAUUCAUCUGGAUAUUGGGGAGACCACUGAUCUCUUAGAGGUGGUGGAUGUAAGUGAUUUCACAAUCAUGUGGCCAAAAUUUUAUCAGAUGAUAUCAAGAGCAACUAAACUGAGAAGAUUGCGUCUAUGGGGUAUAGUAUUUGAUGCAGAGGAUGAGAUAAUGGAUUUGGAGACCAUAGCAGUGUGCUUUCCUAAACUAAACCAUCUCUCUUUGAGCUAUGACUUGAGAGAUGGAUUACUUCAGCAUGUAUUAAGAGGAUCAUCCUUGUUGGAGAAUGUGGUCCUGCUGAAGUUGGGAUCGGCUUUGAUUAAUGAUGUGUUUGCACAAUGGAUAGGAGGUUUGCUUGAAAGGUGCCCAAAUCUCAAGCGGCUUAUUAUCCAUGGAUGUGUCUCAGAGACAAAAACUCGAGAUGAAUGUGCAUCUUUGGCAAGGUUUACCUCUUCUAUUGUGAGUCUUAUGAGAAAAUUUAUGCAUGUUGAUGUGCAAUUUGAUUUUCAGUGACAUUUUAUCAGCUGAGAUUUGAUCUGGAUUCCAGUCCUCUGUAUGGACUGUACAGUAAUGAAGGCCAACUUGAAUUGCACACAGCUCGAUACCACACAGUAGCAUCUAGAAACCUAUCUACAAAAUGAAAAACUACGGAAGACUAAGUUCACCACAAAAUCUUUCAAGAGAAGUUUUUUAAUUAGGGUAUGUCAAAUGUUAUAUGUAUUUUAUUUUAUUUUAUUUUUGUACCAUAUUUUUAUGAUUUGAUGAUGGUUGAUCAAGUUGAUAUAAAUGGAUUUGCAAAAGGUUCUGUUCCAUGAUCCGUCUAAAAUGUUCUGAUCAGGGUACUCUGGAUGGAGAGUUCAGAAGAUGGGUUGGGAGUUGAAUAAUUGUAGAGAACGUUGAUAAGCUUCAGGUGGAGUAUUCAUUGUUUUGUCCCAUGUUGUACUGUAAAACAUUUUCAUCUUUGGUAAACUGAGUUUGGACUCGGUUUGUAUUCAUGUAUUUUAUGCUGUGAAGCAGGUUAUGGACCUUUUAAUGUUGAUUUUUGUAAACAACUUGUAGAAUAUUAAUUCUUAUUUCUAUAUUGCUAGAA